AGCUUCACCUGAUGCUCCGAACAGCAUCAGGCACUCAAAGCGGAAAAGAGAGGAGAGGAGAGGGACUUCGGCUCAAGUGCAUGGACCAAGAGUCGAGCACAGUGGAGGUAAAACAAAGGUCUGGAAGAGACACUUCAGCCAAGUUCACUCACCUCUCAGAGACGCUCUCAGGUCCGCUCACCGCUCACCGGUCUGUGCGUAAAAGCGCACGGACGAACCAGAACCUCACGCGUUCCAAUCCAGGGAGACCUUCCUCCAGCCCUCGACAAUCAGCGUCGAUCUGAGACACCCCUGCGGGCUCGGUUCUGCUGAGAAGUGAAAAACCCAAUCCAGAGCUCCGGGUCCCCCAUGAGGCUAGAGGCCGCAGCCAGGAUGGAUCUGAUCAGGAAGCUGUGGAGGGCGAGGAAGCUGAUCCUUGUGGUGCUCAUCCCGCUCUCUCUGCUUCCCUUACCGCUCAUCCACCCCACCAGCGUGAGUACAAGGAAAUAAAACACCAUUACUAUCAUAAAAUAAAGUAUAUCCAAGCUUUAAAAAGGACAGGAAGUUUAAUUUUACCAUGUUUUCCAAAUUAAGAGCGCACUAAAAGUUACCAAGACGUGAAAGUGCGAAAGGUAAACAAUCUUAGCGAGCUGAACUCUUAACUUUUGGACAAAUUAAUGAAUCUGAACAUGGCAAAUGAAGAUAUUUAAGUCACUUAUUGGCUGUAAUAAGUCUAACAGAUGGACUUUAAGACUUUUUAGAGCUAAAAGAGAUGUAGGUGUCAUGUUAUAAAACUAGCUCUUAACUGCAAGACCUCUACUUUCCAAUCCAAGAAGCAGAAAUUGAUAAUAAACCAAAAGCGUAACUCUUUUCUUUAUUUUAGCUGUGAAAAAAUAUAAUCUUUAUUUACAACCGGCAUCGUUAUGGUUAAAUACCUCCGAGAAAUCCACAGCUGCAGACGACAACAAAACAUCCAGCUGAUCGGUUCUUGUUCCUCCUUGUCGCUUUCAGUGGAUUCCCUGAUAGGAUUUGGUGCGCUUGUGUGUGUUUGUGUACGUGUGUGUAAGUGUGUGUGAGAGAGAAUCAAUCAAAAGGCUGACUGUCCUCUGUUCUGAUGAGUGCUUGUCCCGGUCAUCAGCUGAGCCGUGUGUGUGGAGAGGAGAUGUCGCGACAUGUUGAUGAGAUGGAGAUCAGAGUAUCAGACGUGGUUCUCAUAGGAUCAUGUUUUACAGUUUUCUGUGAGAGCCUCAGACAAAAGAGGAGAGAUCCUGCCAGCUGUUUUUAUGUGUGUCUGUUGUGUCAGACUUCCUGAUUCAGAGGAAUUUAGUCAGAAUCAUGUUUGUUGAGGCUCAGACCUGUGAGAUUUGUCUGGUUUUAAUGUCAGAAAUCUGCUCAAACCCGCUCAGAUGUUGCCUGUUGAAGUGACAUCCUUGCUGCUGUGUCAUAUCUCCAGGAAAGCUGUGCUUGGAUUAACUUUCCCGGCUCCGGGUUAUGACAAACAUGAGGAUGAGCAGAAUUCAAGCCCCAUAAUUCUUCUUUUAGUCAUUUUCUUGAGUGUGAAGUUAAAAGAAUCCACACAGCAGUUUCAGUAUAGAGCAUUUUGACAAAGAGUUAAAAAGUUGCUUCAUAAUAGCACAAGUUUGGACAGUGAGUGAAGAACUAGUUGUGUGUUCAAAAGUAUGUAAUUCCUUGUUAAACUAUCACCUCUGCCAGUAAAGAUGUAUCAGGUAGAAAUCAAGAAAGGUAAUUAAAUGUUUAAACGUUCACGUUCAGUUUGGGAAACACUUUAUCCACAGAUGGAUCGAUUUUGAAAAUCAGAGCCAAUAUAUCAAAGUUUGGAAUAUCACUUAAGAAGGUUAUCGAUUUCAACACCAAACCUUUUUGCAUUAUGGUUAGUUAAAGUGCAAAAUAAAACAAGAUCCAACAAGUUAUGAUACAAUUAUGUACGAUAAAGUGUGACGAUAUCUGAUUUAGUUAUGAUAGAAUUCACUCUUAGACGUACAUUAAAGCAAAUCAAGAUGAUAUUUCAUUAUUCAGUUCAAUACGAUAUGAUAAAGAUGAUAUAUGAGAAGUUAUGAAUUACAACACAAGAUAUGAUAUAACAAGAUUUGAAAUAGUAAGAAAGGAUGCAAUUUAAAGAGAAGUGAUAAAAUGUGAUAUUAUAGGAAAAAUAUUAAGAUAAAACCAUUUAAGAUGUAAAUGUUCUUUAUUUAUACAGCCCUUUACAACAACUCUUUCAGUGAACCAAAGUGCUUCACAACACAGAGAAAAUAACAAUGAAUAGAUAAAAACAACAAAAGCAAUAAAAAAAGAAUAAAAUACAAUGCAAUAAAAUAAAGCGUCAUCACGUUACUGAGUAUUAAAAGCCAGCAAAAGAUGAAACAAGAUGAAACAAGUAGUCUCUCCAGGUAUAACCUUUCAAAUCCUCUUUAAAGCAUCUCUGACAAACAACAUCGAAGACGGUGAAAGUCUCCCAUCCUGACAUUUUCUCUCAUAUUUAACAAUAAAAUAUUUUAGUUCAUCCUGCAAAAGUUCACUCUUAACACUCCAACAUUUAAACUGAUGCGGUAAAGAUGAUAAAAUUCUGUAAGAUCCUGAUAAAUAAAAGUUACUAGAUACAGGUAGCUGUAAUAUAUGUUUAUUUUUGUUUCUAGAUGGUAUGGCAACUUCCUUAAAAAUCAUCCACAAAGGCAAGAAAAUAAAGUAAACAAUCAAAAAGACGGAGUUAUAUGUGAAAGAAACGAUCAUAAAGUGCUGUGUAGUCAUGGUAAACACUGAAUACUUGGUAGAGGUAGAUACUCCGAUGAAUACAUGCACGGUCACAUGUUCGCUGACGCAUCACAAGUAUUAACUUUCAUCCAUUUUUUUUCACAACCCCAUCCCAGACAACAAUAGCACAAGUUGUGACAGGUGUGUGUGCUAUUGUGUUAUAAAUGAGCUCCUCUGUGUGGCGACUGUUUGUGCUUCUUUUAACAUCAUUAAUAUUCAAACGACGUGUUACGUGAGCUCUCGGCCAAUCACACCGUGUCCCCAGGAAACUAGCUGUUAUGUCAGGACCGGCGGGUGUUUGGCGAGAGUAGGCGGCGCAGGAUGAGGCCAAGAAGGAACAAAAGUACCAAAACUCAAAGAAAGGAAAAAGAAAGAAACAAUCCAGGCAAUUAUGUAGUUAUGUAAUCAACCAACCACCACGCUGGAUUUGGGCCCCCAUGCAGCUUCCUUACGACAUCAGGGACCUCAGACUGUGUCAAGAAUGUGUCGGGUUCAGAGUGUGUGUGGAGCGGUACUGAGUCCAGCUGCAGGGAGACGGAACAUCUGUAGGAUGGAGUCAGGCGAGGUCAGAGAGGGACGAGAAAGACAGUCAAGGACGAUAUAUGGACGUGUAUUAGGGAUGGGCGACAUGGGCAAAAAUAAUUAUAACGAUAAGAUUUGCCAUUUUGGCGAUAACGAUCAAAGUCCCGAUAAAAAAUAAUAUAAUUCCAAUCUAUAUUUUUGACUCAUUUUGUCUAGAAGUCAAAUAAGAUACUUGUAGCGACUGCUUUCCUUCAACAAAAAGGCCGCUAGGGUUUAGGUGCGCUUGCAUCUGCGACUCGUUAAUUUAUCAGUCCGGUUGAGAGUUAAAGGUGAUUUAUGUUCUAAAGGAAAGAAAACUUACAGUCUUACACUGAUCCAGGUCCAAACUUUUAAGGGUGAAAAAGGAUGAGUGAAAAGUGAAAAUUAUCAGAGCUUACCAAAACCCAUUGUCUCUGUCUACCCCAGUGUUUUUAAAGAACCUGCCAAACAUCACAAAACCUCAGUGUCGAUUCCUGGAAGUGACGUACCUAGUAGAAAUCAAAUCAUCAACAAAUAUAUUUUAGCUCCUACAAUACUCAACCACAAGUUUGGGUGGUAGGUUAUAGAGAAAACUAAUGACAUUAAAAGAAGUCCGAAACGUGAAAACACUUUCACCAUUUGUCGAAAACUCUUAUUGCACAGAGUGAACAGCAGCAGAUCCACAGUCUGAUGUCAGGCGUACUUGAUUUCGAUCGUCUAAAACCCAAUCUUGAAGGAAAUCCCUCAUGUGGAGCCUCGUUCAGUAACCAGCUGCUAUGAAACGUCUUCUUCAUUACCCUCAGUUAUGUUUGUUUGUUAUUCUGAUCUGUGUGGGCUUUGGCUGUGAGUCCGUCGCUUGCGCUUACUUCAUAGCAUUUAUCACGACAUAGCAAAUAUUUAUCAUGGAAGAUUUUUCUGACGAUAUAUCGUGAUUGAAAAUUUAUCAUCCAUCCCUAACGCAUGCUUGUAUAGGACUCUAUUAUUCCAUAGCAACUAAUCCCAUUCAUAUACAUUCACAUAGGGCUGGGCAAAGUGGCCUCAAUUCAAUUUCACGACAUAUUGAUCAGUUCACCUCGAUAACGAUAAAUGGACGAUAACUACUCCACAAGCUGCUCACCCCCUCCUACAUUAACGCUACAACUUUUGAAUAUAGACAGAAUAUACCGGUAUGGGCAAAAUGUCAUCAGUUAUUGUUGUAAAUUUCAGUAUCGGUAAAUUUUCAGUUUAUCGCCCAGCCCUACAUUCACACAUGUCCAACCUUGGCUUUUGUAUCACUUUGUCCUACGACCUGGACUCCAAACUCCCUAACUGAGGGUCGACCAACAAUGUGAUUUAUGGGUUUCUGUGUUGGGUUAGAGUUAAGGUCUGAAAAAGAGGCCCCUAUGGAAACGAAAGUGAGUCAAAGUAAAGUCCCCUCUGCCCUUUCCUGAUUGGUUUAUUGAAUAUAUGUUUUGCCUAAAAGCGGUGACCUUAAGUCACUUUGUGUUUCCUGAAUACCGUUUCCAAAGCUGUGCACAGAUAAGAGCGGGAUGAUUAGACAAUCAAUGAGCUUCUGUUACGUGUUGAGACAGAAAUUGGCUCGUCAGCUGACAAAGGAAAAAUCCCUCGUUGACAAGAAAACCAUCAGGAAACAGUCAAAGUCCUGUCCACUCUCGAGCCAAUCAGAAUCCUGCUUGGCAUGGGUUAAGUGUCCUUCGGUGAGACACUUAACCCAACACCGCCCCCGGCUGCUCUGCCAGCGGCGUGUGAAUGGGAAGUCAAUGCUGAUUGGUGCUUCACAAAGACGGCUCUGCAAACAGUGAAUGGUCGUGGUGUGAAUGGGUGAAUGUGACUUGUAUUGUAAGUGCGCUUUAAGCGGUCAGAAGACGAGAGAGAGAGAGAGAGGGUUAUAUAAACGCAGUCUUUACCACUCACCAUGAGAUGACUGGGAAAGACGUGCUUGUUGCGGAGAGCUCCAUUAGGUCUGAGACCUCUAAACCCGACUGUGUUGAUGAAGUGCGGCCUGCUGGGUAACAGUCACACGCAAACACUGUCCGUUUCACCUCAGGCAGUUCAGCAUCACAUUCUUCCACCGCCUUUAAAAAUCAAAUGAACUUUUGCCUCGUUUUUUUUUUUUUAAAUCCCUAAAUUUUCUUGCUUGUCAGAGCAGCUGUUAACUCUUAGUCAUCCACUCAAAUCAAAGUAAACUAAGGUCUGUCUUAAAGCACACGCUGCUUUGGGUUUCCUGCAGGUAUUGGAUUCUGCUCAUCGACACGUCACAGUAUUAAGUCUGGUUAUCUCCAGGGUUAUAUCAGCUGUUAGCUUGUUCCUGUCCUUCUGCUUACCCGGCACUUUGGCUCUGAGGUGAAACACCGGGGUGCGUGUUUGAGCAUCUGAAGACCUUGUGCAGCAACUAUCCCCUGAUAAACAAAAGACCAAUAUUCAAUGAUCACUUACUGCAACCCUCAGUUUUUGUUUAUCUCUGCUUAUCUGUCUGUUUGUUCUCAGUCCUUUUAUGCAACCUCUCAUUUUCUCAUGGUCCGUUCUGGUCUCCUAGAUUUAGUUUGACAAAGAUAACGUUCCUAUCAGGCUGUGAACAGCUGAUAGAGAGUAAAAAUGAACAUCCAGUUGAUUCAUGACAUUAAAAUACAGGCUUGAAAGGAUUCACCUUGAUUUUUUUAACUGUUUCCAUUCUAGGGCUGCACGAUUGAUUGAUUUUAAAUCGUAAUCAGAUUAUUUGAUGAUGAGGAUGUUAAAAAAAUUAAAGUCGUCAAAUCGAUUUUCCUCUCUAUCAUUUCUCGCACCUCCAGGCCACUGUAAGCUUCCUCUUUCCUGCGGGGGCGCUCCCCAGUUUUCACACACACCAGUGUAAACAAACAUGGCGUUGGCAAAAGAGGGCGAUAAUUUCGUGGAAUUGGUUCGGCUUCGCAGUUUCAGAUGAAGAGCAAACCACUCCCCGCUGCAAAGUCUGUCUGAAGGCGGUAUUAACCCGUCCACACGGAAACAAACUCAGGAGUAAACGCAAAAGUUUUUUGUCGUAUUGGCGUUUCAUCCACACGGAAAUGGCGUUUCGGGUGCCUGUAAACGGUACUUUUUGAAAACGGGUCAGAGAGUGAAUAAAUCCUUAAACGACGACCAUUUCAUCUCUGUGUGGAUGUCCAUCUACAUCUCUCUAAACUCUUUUAUGGCGGCUGCGCAUGUCUGGUGAAAAACAACCUUUAUACGCAUGCUCUGUACUCUUCUUCUGUCUUUUGUGCAUUUUCCAGGCAGUGUUACAGCGCCACUUACUGGCUUGGCAUAUGCACUACAUCGUUUUCAGUGGUUUCGUUUUGAGAGAUGAUAGAAAAAAGUGAAGUUUGAAGAAGUCACUGAAUAAAAAAUCAAAAAACGAAAAUCGGGUUUCAGAGAAAAAAAAUCAGGAUUUUAUUUUUGGCCAAAAUCGUUCAGCCCUAUUCCAUUCACACAAAACAUGUCAGGGGUUAUUCGGUUGUAUGAAGUACACGGCUAACUUGGAACUAUGCAUCCUAAACAGCAGUGAAAAAUUUAAUUGAAGUGCAUAAACCUAUAGGAAAUUAUUGUGAGCUUACAUGGCACCAAGAGUGCUCCAAAAACCUGAACCCAUGGCUCUGUUAGCCUAACUCUGUAUGUAAAGAGCAGAAAACCAGCCCUCAUGGUCUCACUCGACUGAAUCUCGAAUGUGUCCUGAGAGGAUUGAAAUAGUUGUAACAUUUUCUUUGGCAUGAACCUCUUUGAUUAUGAACCCAAACACCUUGUUCUGUUCAGCUCAGCCUAAUCCAACAACUCUGCCCACUGCCUGGAAAUUCCUCUUUUUUCCUGCCAAGGUAAAUCCUCAGGAGACCCAAGAGAAAGGCACAGAGUGUGGCUUUAGAGUGAACGGUGACAAAACCCCCAGUGAGGAACAUUAACACCUGUCCUCUCUUUGAGUUUGCUUCUUCUUGAUUUCAUUGGUCUCUUUGGAUUCAUUGGUUUGUUUUAGUUGGUGUAAUGGAGCCAUCCUUAACAUGUUUACCCCACUGGACCUCCAAAUGUUGGAACUGAAUUUAUGACUUUUAGCUUUUAAGGUAGAUUUCAGUUCUUGAGUGUCUUUAGAGAGCAUGUUGACAUCUACUCUGCUUGACGUGUGAAGGUGUUUUGCAUCAAGGCAUCAGCAGCAGAUCGAGCAGAUCCUCAAGUCCUGGUGGUUAAGAGGUGGACUUGGUUAGAGUAUCCUGUUUCUGCUCAAAUGGACUGAGGUCUAAAAAGUUUUAAAGUCAGGUCAACACCCUAAACUUUUUGUGUUUCUUUAUGUUAGGUCUGUUCGGUGUUUCCUGUCAGAAUGAUUAUAAACUUUUCUGCCGUUCGGGCUUCAGUAUUUCUUCUACUGGGACAAAUUUUGCCUCCCAUGCACAUCAUGAUCCUCUCACUGGUUCACUGCUAUCCUUUGAUCAUUUUUGGUGGAUGCCGACUAGGGCUGGGUGAUAAACCGAAAAAUUUACCAAUAUCAAAAUUUAUGACAGUAAUCAACAUCAUUUUGUCUAAAAAAGUAAAUAAAUAAAAGUUGGUUUUGGAUGUGUUUAGGUAGGCUAUGGUAUCAUGUCCCUUUAAGACGCUGAGGCCAUAUCGCCCAGCCUUAAUACCUACGUCUACCUACUGUGUCUACCAUACAUUUCAGUGAGAUGUCAGUCAGUCGAAAUUGUAAAACAAAAACUUGCGAUACUUAUGUGAAUCGAUUUUUUUCUCCCACCCCUAGUAGGUAGGCUAUAGUCUCAUGUCCCUUUAAGACACUGUUCUACGUCAGAGACGUGACUCCACCCCAUCCAGUCUGUAACAAAGAGGGAAAGACAGGUGAGGAGAUGGAGGACGGUUCAAAAGUUGUAGCGGCUGAAGUAGACGAAGUUAAUGUGUGAGGGGGUGAGCAGCUUGUGGACUAAUUAUCGUUAUCGAGGUGAACUGAUCAAUAUAUCGUGAUAUUGAUUUAAGGCCAUAUCGCCCAGCUCUAAUACUGACUUCUGCAGACUGGGACCACCUCAAAUCUGAGGACAAAAUGCCCAGUUUCUGCCAACCAAUACGACUCUCUGACAGGUCCCAUUGUAAAAAGAAACUCAAUAUCACUCUCUUCAUCUGUUAGCAGUCAUAUCAGUUUAAAUUGAUGCAUUUCUUAAUGUUUUAGCAAAGUUAGGGCAAAGCGAGUCAAGUGUUUUCUGCAAAUCCUUUAAAGAGAAGGAGCUGAGUCACGGUUCCUCAAACUCUAAAUUGAGAUCAUGAGUGACUUUAGGCUGCAGUUCUGUUUGCAAGCUUGUGUGAUGUUCCUGUGGAUCAAUUAGAAGCUUUUCUUAAAUUUUAAACUCAACUCUUUAACUUAUGUAACCCCGCUCAGUCGUAUCCCUCAGUCUUUGUGUUCCUCAGAUCAUAAGAACUUCUACUGGUGUUGCUCAGCUGGAGAUCCUGGCUCUAGUCCUGAAGUGAACCCUAAAAACAGAUCUAGAUUUUAAAGAAGUGUACAAAAGCCUGUGAGGGCUCAUGUGUCAAACACACAGCUGGUGAUUUCUCCAAAGCCGGCGGGUUUUUGAAUGUGAGAUCUGAACAAGUCUGGGCAUGCUUCAUCCUGGAGCCCCGCUGCUAAUUCUUCCCCCCUCUGGCUUUAUUAAUUUGAGAUUAACUGACCUGUUACUGGCAAAACGUUACUCUGAAUGUUCCUCUUACAUAAAAGAAGUGCACGCUCACACAGCAUGUCGCAGGAGUGGAAACUGUAGAGAAGAAAAACUGCUGCAAAAGCAUAAAUAUGUGCAGUAAUGUGACUCCUGACGUACCUUAUCUCAUUGGGAAACCUUUAUAAAAACACAUCCUCGGUCAUUCUCACGAGGUCCAAGGAGUGUCACAUGAUCCCUCUUUGGUUUUUAUAAAAUCAGCGUUUGUCACUAAGCCUGUGAGGGCUGUGACAGAGCAGUUUGCAUCACUGGUAUGUUGAUAUUAUAUAACCAUAACCAGAUUAAUGCAAAACCGUUGUUUGUGUUUUAGUUAGCGUGAGAAAAGCUGGAUAGUGGGUGUGUGUACAGCCCAGUUAGACCCCCACUAUGAACCACUCUCCCCACCACCCACUCCAGAGAGCACAAACACCACAAUUAUAUAAUAAAGAUGAUUAAAAAUAACUUCUUUUAUCAAUUUGUGGUUGAUUUUUAUCCACUUUUAGUCACAGCAGGUCUCCUUAUAUCCCUCCUUACCUGGCCCCCCUGACAUCUGGGCCACAUCUACCCUGCAGCACACGUGCUACUACAGACAGGUUUGAUUUCAUGCCAAGUCUGGCCCCCUUAGCAAUGACCGUAAUCCAAGUCAGGCCAGGCUCAUGAUAUAUAGGCCACGUCUGGACCGAACAAAACCCACUGUAUCCAAAUUCAGGUCUGACUCAUGGCAUGUGGGCCAUGUCUGGUGUUACUAACAAAGCUUUCAAGUGUCAUGAACAAGCUUGAAGGACCAAAGGUGGUCCAGAUUAGGUCCAAAUGUGUCUGCUAUCAGGAAAUGUAAAAGACAUAGAUUGAACUUCUUCCUCUGUUGGGUCAUUAUAGAUGAUAAAUGCUUUUCCUGUUUUCAGGAGGCCUGCUGUGCUUAUGUGCUGAUGGUGACGGCAGUCUACUGGGUGUCUGAAGCUGUUCCUCUGGGCGCUGCUGCUCUGGUCCCGGCCUUCCUUUACCCGCUCUUUGGGGUACUCAAAUCCAGUGAGGUAAGUGUCAAAGUUUGAGGUUUUACUCAUUGGUUUCAUAUUGAAAAAAAUGCUCCAAAACUCCAACAAAUUUUAGAUUAAUCUAGAAACAACAAAAGUAGAUUUGAGGAUAUACAAAGUUUACACUCAAACAAAAGCUAUAAUGAGUCCAACUCUCAGCUAAAUCAGCCAUGAACCUAAUUAUGCAUAACUCAGGGCAGAUAUAAUCCCGAUUUAUUGGUCAUAAGAAGUUUUUAAGAUUAAAAAAAUUAAGACAGAGAGCCAAGAACUUUUUCGACUGUUAAAAUUGUACAUUAAUAGACAAAGUAUGAAAUCACAGUAUGAUGGAAAAGUCCCGUCAGGUUUUGGAUUUAUAUCAAUGCUGCAUGUGAAGAGAUGCACCUUUACUGGUGUCAUCUGUCACAGGUAGAGAUCCACAUCCAGGCCACAAACUAUCCUGGUUAGUCAAGAGCUAUGAGGAGCAUCUGUGAUCUCCUUCAGUUGAGGCUUGGAGGCUGUAUGAAGAGGCUGAGCUCUCCUGUUCUUUCAGAGUUUAUUUGCUUUCUCUGAUUUCUGUGAAUCCUUGUUUUAAUUUGAGCCAAAUCUGAAGUUUCUUUAUCAUUUUAGUACAAUUUUCGUUGACACUUUUCAGGAAAUAAAACAAACAGUUUUUUUUUCGACUUUUGUUUGAAAAAGUGCAGUUUUGCAUCUUAAAAAAGAUUCCUCUUCUUCACCCUCCCAUGUUCUUAUUCAUUGGGUUAAAUAUCAGUUUUUCAGGUUUGCACUGCCUGCAUGAUAUGAUAGUGUCAAACCACUGCUGACUCACUCUGGGUGAAAAUUUUGAGAAAUAUUUUUACUUAGAAAAGAAAAAAAAAUACUCUGAAAAAAAAUAAAAUCACUUCUGUUAUUCAGAGUAAUUUUUUUUUUGCUUUUUUGUUUUUCAGACUAAUUGUUUUUCCUAUUCUCUAGGAUCAUGAUCAUUUAAAAACAGACACUUUUAUCCCCCUCUGCUCGAUUUAUCAGGAGCAAACAUGGCCCACUCGUUUGGUUUAAUCAAGUUUUAAUUUCUUUUGGGUUUGAGACACUGAGAGAUCCUCUUUUCUUGAAGUUAGAGAGAUGGAAUCGUCAUAAGUUUGUCAACUUUGCGCAGACACCUCAGGAUUUGCGUACCUUAUGUUUAGCUAAUAACAGGCUUUACUCUCAUGACCCCGUAGUCAAAAUUAUCUAGAAGUUGGAGAAUACGCUGAUUUGAAACAGCCACAGUGGUUAAUGGUAUCUGAUUGUAUGAGAUUCUCGCAGGGUUUUGAAGAAUCUCAUUUAGUCAGGAAAAAACAUAGUACGAAAAACAGAGAGACGAAAAAAAUUGUUAAGAAAAACAAAAUAAAAAUUUGUCCAAAAAACAGAAAGAGGGCAAAAAAUAUUAGUACAAAAAAAGAGGAAAAAAAUAGUGCAAAAACAGAAAAAAAAAUUGUCCAAAGAACAGAAAGAGGGGGGAAAAUAUUAUUACAAAACUCAGAAAAAAAAAAUAGUCAGAAAAACAGAAAGAUGAAAUAAAUUACUCCGAAAAACAGCAAAUAAGAAAAUGCUAAAAAAAAAACAGUUUCCUUUUUUUUUUUUUUGUGUAAGUGAAUGCAAUACGCUUAUGUGUGCCAAGAAUUUGUGCUUCGGUAUGAGUCGACUUUAUCAUAUUUUGGCUUCUAAGGAGUAGAUUUGAAGAGGACAUAAUCGCGAGUAAAUUUCUCUCGCUGUAGAUCAUGGGAGAGUAAAGAAAAACGUCAUUUAGGGUCAACCAUGAGUCAUGUUGGGCUUAACUAGCGGAACGACCGUAAACGCUGAGAUAUGUUGUUGUUGUUGUUGUUGUGGUGGUGGCGUGUUACUGUAGCAGUAGUAAGAGUCAGCUGAUCCGAUUUCUGUAUAUGCGGAUAUACAGUAAGUCCAGAUCAAGAAGAAAGUGGGUGAAAGGCCUUUUUGUGCUCUGUCAUGUGUGCUUAAAGCAUGUGGGAUGUGUUUAAGUUUCCAUCAGAGCUUUACAAAGAGGUGUUACUUCAUAAACUGUGUGUGCCCGUGUAAACAAGAGGCGUCAUCACUCCUCUAUAAAGGUUUUAUCCGCCGUGAUUUGAAGUAGACGACCCCAUUAACCUCGAACUCAUCACCAUUACUGCCCUCUAUCUGGGUUCGCUGAGACGUCUGAUUGGUUUGACUGAUAAUGACAUCUGAUAGCAUCACUGCUUUUUUUCACGGCUGUAACAUAAUUUUCUCCUCCAUUAAUCCCCUCCAACACCACCUUCAUCUUCACCUCUCUUAUCAGCAUUACAUAAAAAGUGAGCUUUACGCCCCAUGUGACCAAAUCGCAUUGACAAACAGUGACAAAGCUGCCUGUUAACACGGCUGUAAGCCUCUUGCGAUGGUGGUCCGUAAAUAUGCCAGCAGAGAGCUUUAUGCAACAUUUCCAGUCUCUCACAGUCUCCCUUAAAAACCCGUCUUUCCCGUAAAAGUGAUAAGUUUAUAAGUUUCACAUUGAGUUUUACAUCUACAUGUCUUCUGAAAGGUUCGCUUUGUCUGGAGUUAAAUUUAAAAUGCUUUUAACUCGACAUGUAAUCUUAUGUCACAGCAUGUGUGACACUAAUCACGCUAAUUUUAGCCCAUAAAUACUCAGGUUUAAGGUUUUUAUGUCAUUCCCAAAAGAGUUUCAAGUUGCGUAAGGUUUUCAGCUCCCCGACACUUACUAAGAAUAUAGCUGAGACUGGUAAGGUAAGCACACCGUCCUAUUUUAAUGCCAAACAUGAAAAUUGGAACCAUGUUAAAAAUGAAGGAGACUUAAACAUCUAAAUUUAAUAAUUCAAUCUUAUUUAUUUACACAAACUAUAUUCCCUGAGUAUUCGACUGAGUACGACUGUCCUCAGCUCGCUCUAUUUUAGUUUUGCUGUCAGUCGUCUGGUCUGACACAUGAUUUCAGGCGUUAAAGAUUACAGCGCCUAAUGUUAUAUAGGGCUAUCAAGAUAACAGAUCUUCACCUUACAGGUACAGCGGCCCUAAAACAAUCCCAUGAUAAGAAUAUUAGCAUGACAGUUUUAGGUAGGGCUGAGCGAUAUGACCUCAAAUCAAUAUCACGAUAGCCAGACCAUAGCCUACCUACACUCAUCCAAAACCAACUUUGAUUUAUUUAUUUUUUUGACACUGAAUGUAUCGAUAUGGGCAAAAUGACGUCGGUUAUUGUCAUAAACUUUGGUAUCAGUAAAUUUUUCAGUUUAUCGCCCAGCCCUAGUUUUAGAUAACUUGAAAGCAACACAGUUAAUCAAACUGUUGAAAGGGAAAAAGGGGCGAAGCAACACAACACUGCAUAAACUUUACCAAUAAACACAAUGAAUGUAUGAGUCAUUAUGUUCAGAUUUAUGAUUUAUCAUCUUUAGCUGUGUGACUGAUAACUAUGGUCAGUGUGUCUGACACUAAUUUGGUGAAGUAAACCGCAGAGACAGUUGUUUGCCGUGCUUUUAUUUUGAAAUUGCUUCUGUCCUGCGUUUAGGUUGCUCUGUUCCCUGUGUGGUUAAACCAAAGACUGUAUAUAGAAUGGACGCCAACUGCGUCCUCGCUGGGUGAAGCCACCGCGAGAACAGCACCCUCUGGUGACGGGCUGCGGUAUAGGUCCUAAAUCCCGCUUCCUCCAGCAAUCCCUAUGGAGCUGUGGACAAACUUUAGAAAUUUAUUACACAGAAAAUAAUUUUUUCUCCCUCCUGGUUGUGAUGUUGACAUGUAGUUACUGUAAGACUGGUUUGUGCUCAAGUCCUCUUUUUUCUGUGUCCUCUUUAUACAGUCUGUGGGUAAAACUGCAUCUUUGGUUAAUUUACCAUUAUGAACCUCUGAACCCAGCGCAGUCUCAGCAGAUGACUGUCUAACAUGAGUCUGAUUCUGUUUGAGGUUUCUGCCUGUUAAAGGAAGUUCUUCCUCUCCACUGUAACUAAGUGUUCCACUCAUGUGGUUAAAAAUAGGAUGUGAGUGGGUCUGAUCUGAGAAGAUGGAGCUCAAUCUUUAAAAAGAGAAAGUAUCCUGGUUAAUUUGAUUAAUGUUGGAGUUAUUCCUCGCUGUGUAAAUGAUGGAAAACAAGGUCAUGUAGGAGCCAUGAUUAAAAAUGGCCCAAAGGAGGAAGUGCAGCAGGUUUUAGGUGAGAGGUGAGGAGACGCAGCGUGGGGCGGCGCACUCUCUGGGGUGGAAAUAAAGCUGAUUAAGAGAAACAAAUGGUGAACUGUAAUUUUUGAUCUAAACCAAAGUGACGGAAGUAGGGAAGUGGGUGAGAGGGAGGAAACAGAAAUCCCUGUUACUUGUUAUUGUCUCUGCAGAAGUUUUAACUUAACAUGCUUCUGCUCGGUGUGUGUGUGUGUGUGUGUGUGUGUGUGUGUGUGUGUGUAUGUGUGUGUGUGUGUUCAGGUGGCAGCAGAGUACUGUAAAGACACCACCCUGCUGCUGAUGGGAGUGAUCUGCCUGGCGGCCUCCAUAGAGAAGUGGAACCUCCACAAACGCAUCGCUCUGCGCAUGGUGAUGAUUGCAGGGGCCAAACCCGGCAUGUAAGUAACAAACACAACCUCCCUGUUCAAACUCCUAAAGCUUCAUGAAGUAAAGCGUCCUCUAACGUCUCUGUCUGUCCUCCAGGUUGGUGCUGGGCUUCAUGUGCUGCACCGUCUUUUUGUCCAUGUGGCUCAGCAACACGUCCACCACCGCCAUGGUGAUGCCCAUAGCCGAGGCCGUCCUACAGCAGCUGAUCUGCACCGGCCUGGCCGACAGCCAGGACGACUCUGAAACUGCUGAAGCCCCCGAGGAUGACGCCUGUAUGUCUCCUUUGACAAAAUGCGUAUAAAGACGUCACAUUUUACAACAAAGCUUUCAGAUCACAACAGCUUCAGACGACUUCGAACAGUUUCCCCUUUUACUAAUCAUGAUGAAUGUUUGCAGCUCUUUCAGAUAAAGAAGAGAACCUGGACAAAAACCAGUUAGAGCUGCUUUAUCGCAAUGACAUGUAAGUUUUUAUAGAUAUUUUUAUGUAGAGUUUCAAGAGCUUUGGGGUGCAGAGUGAGCCACUGACUGUACUUUCUGUUAUGAAAAUCCCACAGCUGGUCGUUAUUCAUUCACGUUUUUUUACAUGACCAACUUCAGCUGUCUGCAGAAGUUGCAGCAAACUAUUUAGAUGCAUCAAUCUCUUGUUUCGAUGAUAUUUAAGACUAAAAUAAAGUUUAAACCGAGAGGCAUUUCUGUAAAAAGUUUUUUUCUGUGAAUUUGCACAGAUUUGUAAGAGGCGCGUCCCAAAAACUCAUUUGGACAUGGUUGAUGAAUUAUGUAGCUCUAUGCAACCUGCAGAUUUUCUUUAAGAAAAAACUAGAAAUAUCAUUUUCACGGUUUCUUCUCUUCAACCUCUAGCAAUGAGUGCACUAAACAGGAGCUCUCUACACUCAGUGAGGUAAGAGCUUUUAACAAACUUACAAAAGUCAAAUAGAAGAGCUUUAUAAAGGUUGUCAAACAGCAAGUGAAGUUUUUUGCUCUUGUUUCAGGAACAGACUGGGGAGGUAAAUGGCGUCGGUCUCAUGGCAAACUCAAGGGAGAUCAUCAGACACACUAAUGGACACCUGCCACAGGUAAAAACACCCUGAAAUGCAGGUGCUUCCUUUUUAAGGGAAGGUGGAACUAAACAGUUUUAAGUGUUAUUCCAAUAUCUUUAAUGCUCUCCUCACUUUCACAGAUUGCCAUAGAAAUCCCGAAUGUGAAGCGGGUGAAGGCCAGAAGAGACUCCCAGUACCCGACCAAGAGGGAUCACAUGAUCUGUAAAUGUCUGUCGCUCAGCAUCACCUACGCAGCAACGAUCGGCGGACUCAUCACCAUCACUGGAACGUCCACCAACCUCAUCUUUGCUGAGCAGUUUAACACGUAGGUACAAAUGCACACACACACACACACACACACACACACACACACACACACACACACACACACACACACACACACACACACACACACACACACACACACACACACACACACGUGAUUCAAAGAAGCUCGACCUUGACCAUAACUGACCUCAAACAUAUUUACCAACAAACUUUUAACACAAAUCUGUCCUAAAGCCCUAAUGAAGAACUUUUGGUAUGUGAAAGUGUUGGCGCGCCCUUGUGGAGGCAGAACUUAGCUUUCAGAAUCGAAUUCAGCAGACCUGAAUUGGAGCUCUGUUGGUUUACCUUCAUACAAGAAGUCAAAGAUGCCUCCGCUCGAGAUAAUCCUCCAAGGUUUGGAGUAACCCCAAACUUCCACUGCAUUUGGAACAGUGGCGAAAAGGCCGUAACGGCGCAGAUCGCAGCUGAUCAUUUUCAUUCAAGUUAAUGUGCCAAAUUCCACCGGCUUCUUUAUCGCCCCCUGCGGUUCAGUGGGCUUCGUAACGGAUCACCAGGAUUCUAUUCUUUUCAGACGCUGCAGCAUGCCGCAUAAAUUCAGCACAGUUUAACCCGUGCUGGAAAGGAAGUCGGGCACAGACACAAAAUAAAACAUCUGUAUUCCUUUCAAAAUAAAACACUACAUGUUUCAGGCGGAUUGUAUUUCACUCCAUGCAAAUGUGUUUUGUUUUGUAGAUAAAGAUAAAUAUUGUACUCACUCAUGGUUAAUUCCCAAUCUCCACAAAAAUGUCUGAUCUGCACAGAGUGGAUUUCAUCUCUGGAAGGACAUAAUCUACUGCUUACAUGGUUAUGUGGGUAUCUUUAUGAGACAACUCCUUAUCGCGUGAUUGCAUGUGACUCAUGUGAGUCCUCGCAAUUCCUGCUGUCCAAAAUUCGCCACAAAAUUCGCCUCACAAAUGCAUCCGGUAGGAAUUGGCGGAUGGCUAGAAUUGCUAUCGUUCUGCAUGCAGUGGAAAUUUAGGGUUAGUCUGGCCACUUCUAUGAAAGUUUGGCUGCCCAAGUCAAAAGUCCUGGCUCCGAUUCUGGGUUGUUUGUAGGUGUUUUAUAUCAAAAAGACCUUUACACUGAAGAACCGAUUAAUGUGUCUCCCUUUCAAGUAACAGCAAGUUUCUCAUAGAGCUUUAACUUAAUUGAUCGUUUGAAUCUCUAGACAGAUAUGCCAACAGGAUCAGUCAGGAUCUAACGGUAAUAAAAGUUCUCACACAGUCGGUGUUUUAAGGGGAAAUAGCUGCUCUCUUAGUUAUCAAUAAUACUAUUACAAUGAUGACUCGACUCUGACAUGAUGAGACUGACUUACAUCGACUGGUAAACUUGAACAUCAGCUGAAUGGAAACUCCUUGUAUAAUGUGAGCUGGUUCGAACUGUGGUUUUUGGAUUUGCUCAUUAAAAGAAAAUGAAAGCAGCUUUAUUCGGACAGAUAUUUUUGUUAGGCAUUAGCUCUGAACGCCCUUUCGACAACAUCCAAUCGUUGCAGCACAGUUACAGCUUGAUUGAUUUCUUGGCCGCUGCGCUCGUCUGACUGAAACAGCUCAUGUUAACUCAGUGUCUGGGGGGCACCGGGGUCUGAGAUCAAACUAAUCAGCCUCUGCAGUCCUGACAGAGCCGAUUUCCUCCACCCGCAGCACUAAGCCUCGCAGAAUGGCCUCCUUCAUGUUGCAGCUGGUUGUACAAAGGUCAAGUUUUGAUUCGUCUUGAGUGCACACUACUUCUCUCCAGUCCGAGCAGUGGUUGUGAAAAUCCUUCAAAUUAUACCUUCGAGUUUGAAUCUCGAGUUGAAUUUUACUUGAAUGUCUGUCGUAUAGCAUGAAGUCAGAAUCUGAGACCUGGUUGGUGUUAGGCUGCAGUAUGUGUGAACGUGUGCACGGGUCAGUCAGUUCAAGUUCCUGUCUGCAACAAGUUCAUGCUCGUGCAACAAGGCCAAGAGGUGAACUAGACCCCCGCUUGACAUUGAGGUGAGGGCUAAACUUCAGGCCCCUCAGGGAAACUCUGUUUCACCCAGCCUGCACAAAAACAUGUGUGAGUGAUCUUGUAUCACAUAUCUCCUAAACAGCUUCAGCAGCAUGUUAACAGACAGAGAGAGGUGUUCAUUAAGGAAGAAUAAUCUGUCCUUUCUCAAGCACAAACAUUCACCCAUAAGGUUCUUUGUGCAGUUUGCUCCUGUUUUGCAUCUGUCUGUGAAGAUGAGCUGUCGACAUCGUUGCUUAAACUGCAUGUAGUUGUUGUCGCCAGUGUUUAUGGAUUAGACACUUGCAAUGAGGCUCAUCUGUGAAGAGAGAGGCCUGUUUUAGAGUGUACAAAUGCACAAGGGUUUAUUGAAAUGCAAACAGAUAACACCUGUGCACAGUGAUGCUGUGAAGUUUAGAUUUUGUGCACGCUCUAUGAAGUUAAAGACACCAAAGAUAGUAGCUUGUUGCACAGUGACAAGGUUGAAUUUUUAGUUUUGCUAAACAUUUAAGUUCUAUUUAAGGUCAUGUCUAUAUAUUUUAAUGAUCAAAUAAUCUUUGAACUUUGUACUUAAAAUAAUAAUCACUGAUGACUUAAUAGCUAAAUUAGUGCUACACUAAUGUUUUUGCCCAGUUGCAUCCCCUCAUUUUACUCUUUUCUGUCCUUAGGUUUUCUUUUCUUAAUUUUUAUUACCUUCUGUAUAAAUCAUCCGAAACAAGUAAACAAAAGGUUCCUGGUUUGAACCCUGGCUGUGCUCUCCCUUGUGCAUGUGUGGGUUCCCUUUGUCUACUCAGGUCUCCUCCCACAGUCCCUCUAAAUGUGCUGUAGACGUGAGUGUGUGUGAGUCUGGUUUCUGUCUCUAUUCCAGCCCUGUGAUUGGCUGAUCACCUGUCCAGUGCGUACCCUUCCUCUCACCUAGUGACAGCUGAGAAAGGCUACAGCCUCCAUGACCCCGAGUGGAAUAACUGGAUGGGUUAUGGGGACGGCUGACACACUGUCAUCAUCUCUGACUGUCACCUUUACUCCCCUUACUGUUCAUACAGCAGAGUGCUUAACGAAGCAGCACUGAGCAAACACACUUUAUCAGCUGUGCGGCUCCGUGUGACACAAUCAUGGAGGCUGAGAAAUUAGGGCUCGAAGUGCAGAGAGGAUGAUUGACCGCUGCUAAUCUGCAGGGAGAGCUGUUAGCUUUAAAUCAGUUAGCAGGGAUUCUUUCUUUGCUUUUCUGCUCUUUGUUUGGGAGUUUACAGAAUUUUAGAUGAGACAUUUCUCAAGUUAAAAAUUGCAAUAAUGUCUACGCAUACAUUAUCAGGACAUUUUGGCUCUGGAUAAAACAGAAAGGAAUCACAACCCUGGGUUCAAACAGAAAACAACCCUUAGGGAAUAUUGGUUUCCCAUCGUAGACUUCCAUACUUCGGUUAUUCCGUCUGGUUUUUCCAUCACAGCACACUGCGGUGAUGCUCACAUUGACUCACCUUUUAUCGGUACAGAGAGUCAGCUGCACUGCUGCACAGAUAAACUGCAGGGACAACAGCUGGUGUCGGUAACUGCAAACACAUGAGGACAAGCCAGGGUCAAGGUAGAUGGUUAGUGGAGGGGGGAAUGGUUAUUUUUUAACCCUGAAGAUGUCCCCUUUUAACCCCAACAUGUGCCGUAUAUUUACACAGUAUUAUAUCACGUACAUUAUCGGUUCAAUAACAUGACCAGUGGCAGAUAUCUCACACUGUAACUCUGUUUUUGUCUUUUCAGCCGUUAUCCUGAUGCAAAGGUCAUCAACUUUGGCACAUGGUUCAUCUUCAGCUUCCCCAUCGCUAUCAUCAUGCUUGUCCUCACCUGGCUCUGGCUGCACUGCCUCUUCCUCGGCUGCAAGUAAGUUUGUGCGUUUUAGUCUGUUGGGUCAGUAGGUGUAUGAAUUAGGUGCUGCCGGUGCCUCUCCAUGUUCUGUGGCUGCGGCUCAGAGAAGAUGAGUAACGGUGUCAGGUCACUCUGUGGUUAAUGUUGUUACGUGUGCUCAGCUUCAGGGAAACCUGCUCGUUGAGUAAGAAACGCAAGACAAGGAGAGAGAUGAUGUCAGAGAAGAGGAUCCAUGAGGAGUAUGAAAAACUAGGACCCAUCAGGUGUGUGGAUUUGUUGAUAUGUUGUUUGUUUUCUUCUAUUUUAAGGAUCAUGUCAUAUCAUAUCAUAUCAUAUCAUAUCAUAUCAUGUCAUAUAAUGUUAUGUCAUAUCAUAUCAUAUCAUAUCAUAUCAUAUCAUAUCAUAUCAUAUCAUGUCAUAUAAUGUCAUAUAAUGUUAUAUCAUAUCAUAUCAUAUCAUAUCAUAUCAUAUCAUAUCAUGUCAUAUAAUGUCAUAUCAUAUCAUACCAAAUCAUGUCAUAUCAUAUCAUAUCUUAUGUAUGGAAAUGAAACAUACAGUUUUGUCACUUGCCACAUUAUGUUGUGUGGUAUACCCUUGUUUGAUGUGAUGUAGUAUCAUAUCAUCUUGCAAAUUAUCCUACUACAGUAUGUCUAUCUUUUUGUGCCAUAUCAUAUCAAAUCAUAUUACAUCAUAUCAUAUAAGAACGUAUAUCAUAUCAUAUCAAAUCAUAUGUCAUAUUGUAUUAUAUCAUAUAUCAUAUAAUAACAUAUCGUAUCAUAUUUGUAUCAUGUCUUACAUAUCACAUCACAUCAUAUCAUAUCAUAUCAUCGUAUCAUAUCAUAUUGUAUCAUGUCAUGUCAUUUCAUAUCAUAUAUCAUAUCAUGUAUCAUAUUGUAUCGUAUUGUAUCAUCAUAUCAUAUCACAUCAUAUAUCAUGUUAUAGUGUAUCAUAUGACAUUUCAUAUAUCAUAUCACAUUUUAUCGUAUCAUAUCAUUUCAUAUAUCAUAUCAUAUCAUAUCAUAUCAUAUUGUAUCGUAUCGUAUUGCAUCGCAUCACAUUGUAUUGUAUCGUAUCGUAUCAUAUUAUAUCAUAUUAUGUCAUAUCAUUUAUCAUAUCAAAUCAUAUCAUGUUGCAUUGUAUUGUGUCAUAAUGAACUGUACCAUACCACAUUGUAUAUUAUUGUUUCUCAGUAUUAUAAUAUAGAGUAUUGUAUCGAUCGUAUCAUAUUGUAUCAUAUUGUAUCAUAUCUUAUCAAAGCAAACUGUAUUGUAACAUUCCAUUUACAUUUCUAUGAGUACUGUAUCAUACUAUACUGUAUAACACCAUUCAGUAUUGUGUUACAUUAUACCCAUUUAGUGUAUCCUAGCUUUUCGUACUAUGUCUUGUCUUGUGGUUUUGUAUCGGACUGUAAAUUUUUCUUGACCAGUUAUUGGGUUAUUGAUUUUAAGAUUAGGGUUAGGAUUAUAAUCCUGCCUAGACUCAUCAACUGCUGUUUCACAACCAAAGUGUAGAUUUUUACAGUUUUUAGAGAUCUAGUAAAUAAUUUUAGACAUAUAGCAGUAACCAGGAUAUACGUGAAUGCAUCUUACUAACACACCCAGACAUGACACCCCGGCAUGAUCAUCCUAUCACUGAUGCAACUGUGACUUACGUGCUUCUUUGGUUUCUGUGCAUGUGUGUGUGUGUGUGUGUGUGUGUGUGUCCCAGUUACCCAGAGGUGGUGACGGGUGUUUUCUUCAUCCUGAUGACUCUGCUGUGGUUCACCAGAGAGCCUGGUUUCGUGCCCGGGUGGACGUCUCUCUUUGAGAAGUGAGUACCCAUCAUGUUGCACCGCACUACCAAAAUUGGUGUCAUUAUCACAGAAAGGUGUAAGUGGCUUAUGGUAUCUAGAGCAGUUCAAUAAACACACUGUUACCUGGUCACAGGUGUACAUAAACUCAAACAUGUCCUGAGAGCACAGGUUUAUACGUUUUUCUCUCUUCUUUUAUCUUCUUUACUCUCACUUUGGUGUUUUCCCUCUCAAGGAAAGGCUACAGGACUGAUGCAACCGUGUCUGUCCUCCUGGGCUUUCUGCUCUUCCUCAUCCCUGCCAGGCGACCCUUUUCAUCCUCCUCCAGCUACAAAGACACAGGUGAUCAUUAUACACGUGUGCCACGCUGGUAUAGCUGUGAUACUUCUGGUUUAUCUCCUGAAGACACCGGGGAGGUGGAGUUUAUCAAAAAAUAUAGAAUUAUAGAGGGGGGUCUAUUCUGUUUAUGGUUUUCCCAGCUCAAACAUGACUGUAGGACUUUUAAGGUCAAAACUAAGAGAACUUAAAGCAACAAUAAAAACACAAAAAUGGAUAUUUUUAUGCGUAUUACCUAAACCAUAUUAAUACUGUAAAAAUCUCAGAACUUCCCACAAACUUGGACUGUCAUAAACAAUCGUCUCCUUCUUCUUAAGCUGUUGUUGUUUCAACAAGCCCUGGCCAGCCUGUACAGGCUGAUUUACUGCCUGAAAGCUGCAGGGUCAUCAGGUCAGAAAGACCUCUAUUUAAAAGAAAAAGUAGUUCAACUUUAGACACCGCUGUUUUCCCUGUUGUGCAAUGGUUUGCAGGAGUCUGACAUUUAUUGUUCUGCACUGUGCUGCUCAAUGCAUGUUUUAGUGCUGACCCUUGACAGUCCAUUAACCUCCUAACACCAUGACCUAUAAGACACAGAUGCAGCUGAAGCAUGUAAACAACUACCAAAGCAUUUAUCUUUUUACAGUUUUAGAGUGUACGACACAUAGAUGCAAAAAACAGCAUCAUCGGACAUUUUAUUGUUAUGAUUUUAUUACAACUUAUUCUUUUAUUCAAAAAUUCCAGAGAAAUUCCCCAAAACGAGAAAGUCUGCCAUGUGGUGUCAGCUAGGGCUGGGCGAUAUGGCCUCAAAUCAAUAUCACGAUAUAUUGAACAGUUUACCUUGAUAAUGAUAAAUGGACAAUAACUACUCCACAAGCUGCUCACCCCCUCCCACAUUAACUUCGUCUACUUCAGCCGCUACAACUUUUGAACCGUCCUCCAUCUUCUCACCUGUCUUUCCCUCUUUGUUACGGACUGGAUGUGGGUGGAGUCACGUCUCUGACGUAGGACAGCGUCUUAAAGGGACAUGAGAUUAUAGCCUACCUACACACAUCCAAAACUCAAAACAACUUUUAUUUAUUUAUUUUUUACACUGAGUAUACCGAUAUGGGCAAAAUGACGUCGGUUUUUGUCGUAAAUUUUGGUAUCAGUAAUUUUUCGGUUUAUCGCCCAGCCUUAGUGUCAGCUGUAGAAAUGGUAAUAAGUGAAAUGAAAACAAUAGUGGAAAAGUUUUGGACAAAAAUAACCACAAAGAGUUUAUUACAAACCUUGCAGCAACUCAUUCUCACUAUUGUUUUUAAAAUUUCCCCCAUUUAGAGCCGUGACUAGAACUCAAUUCAGUAUCAUGCUUCUCUAAUACUAGUUAGUAGAUGGUUUUGCAGCAGUAUUGACCCAUUUUCUGUGGUAUUGAACCUUCAGGUGAUGAUGACCCUCUGGCUCCAAUGAUCACCUGGAAGGACUUCCAGAGACUGAUGCCAUGGGAGAUCGUCAUCCUUGUGGGAGGAGGUUACGCGCUGGCUGCUGGUUGCAAGGUAAUAUGCAAGUGUAGGUCUGCAGUUUUAUUACAGUGCUUCAGCGGGGUAGAACUGAGGCGUAAACUGAGAGUGAGAAGCCGUAAUCAUCCUCAAGAUUAACCUCAGGUUAUCUAAUAAAGGCAGUGGAAACUUCUACGUGUAAGGUGAUGCUGAUCUGAUUCUCGUAAACCCAAAUUAUAUCAUUUAUGGACGGUAUGGGAUUUGUUGAAGUGUUGACAAAAGGCUGUUGUCAUAGUUUAGGUGGUAAAGAUAGUUUAUAAUGUCUGUCUGUCAUGCUAUUUUUUUCCAGCAGGCCAACAUUAAGAUAGUGACUCAUCAUUAUAACAGGGAUUGUUAGGAUGACAUAUUAAUAUACAGGAAUUAACAUACGGUUGUGACCUCAACUAACUUCAGCGUAAAUCUGCCGACAAAAACGCUGGGAGGUUUGGGUGGACAUGAUUACAGCGUGGACGUUAGACACUGAUUGUACUCUUAGAGAGCGCUCACAUGCAAGUGUGUGUGUGUGUGUGUGUGUGUGUACAGGUGUCAGGCCUGUCGGUGUGGAUCGGCAGACAGCUGGAGCCCAUGAGUGGCCUUCCUCCGUGGGCUGUCACCCUGCUGGCCUGCCUGCUGGUGUCAGCGGUCACAGAGUUUGCCUCCAACCCGGCAACUCUCACCGUCUUCCUGCCCAUCCUGUCAGCCCUGGUAUGAUACACCGUCCCUUUAAAACUGACUUCAUUCUUGAUUUACAAAAGAGAUUUUAAUUGGUUCAACUGUUGUGAAUCGAUGAUGAAUUAUACAUGAAAGAUGUUUAAAUACAGUGUUUUCUUGCAAAUCCUGAAUUAAGAAAAUAAUUAACUUAAAAAAUCAGAAAAAAACAGGUAAAAAAUAUUUUAUUUACAAAAAACAAUCCUUAAAAAUUUCGUGACAACCAUCUGAUAAAUCCAGAGAAAUAGAGCAAACAUUUUUAUUCAUAAAAUUUUCUCAUAAUUACUUGUUUAUUAUCUAAUUUCUUUAGAAAAAUGAGCAGAAUCUCAUUCUCUAAAGUGAACACUGUACACUUCUGUAUUAAUUUAACAAAUCUGGAGAAGAAACAACGAGGUUAACAAUCAGAAAUAAAAGAGCAAGAUAUAAAAUACACAGUGCAAUAAUUUGAUUUUAAAUUAAGAAAACAGGAUGAAUAGUUGUAGAAGUGACAUUUUAAUAGAAGUAUUUUUACCACUUCUUUUACAGACCAGCUUCAUCCUCUCAUUUUUUCCCUUUUUUCUCCCCUGAUAACAGCUUUCUUUUUUUUUUAUUGAUUGAUCUCAGAGUUUAAACUUUAGGCUUUUUAAAGAGCUCAUUUCUUCUUCUACUCCCACUCUAAAAGACCUAAAACACGACAUUUUUAUUCCGUCACUGGCGAGGAUCAUCAGUAUAAUCAAUGUGAUGUUAUUUAUUGAUUUUAUUUAAGAGGUGAUUCCCACUUCUGACCAUCUGCUUCAAAGCAGAGGCCUGUAUUUUACAACAUUAGAAGACUUGAUCUGUUAAAUAUCAGGUUCCUCAUUCUCAAAAAGGAGCUUUAGUUUGAUUUUGCCUCCACCUUGUGGACGACUUUUCUUCUGUUCGUGUUCAUGAGAGCAAGUUGAGUAAGGACAAGAGCAUGUAGGAGAGAGUAUUUCAGUAAAAGUUGAAAUGACCCUUUAUUUGAACAGAUUUGAACGCCCAGCUGAUCUUCCUUCAUUUUACUCCCUCUCCUUCUUCAUUAACACCUCCACCUGUCCUUCCCCUUCUCAAAAUUUCUCAUUUAUCCUGUUUCAUUUACUCUCCUUUCUUUCUCCCUCUCUAUUUCUGUUGCUUCUUUUUUUAAAAUUCAUCCUUCCUUUGAACGCCCACGCUUCCCCUCACUUCUCAUCUCCUCCUCCUUCCAGUCGGAGACUCUGCAGAUCAACCCCCUCCACACUUUGAUCCCGUCCACCAUGUGCGUGUCAUUCGGGGUCAUGCUUCCAGUGGGGAACCCCCCCAACGCCAUUGUCUUCAGUUACGGCCACGUGCAGAUAAGCGACAUGGUACGACAAACACUCAGACAUAAUAGCGUUUCGAGUCACAUGCUCUCUGUGCACCUGCGGCUUCAAAAGGCCGGAGAGAACCAUGUGUCAAAGAUGUCUUACAUAAUCAGAAGGGUGAACAUUUUUCCUGUUUAACCCGUGGCUAACCAAAACUCUCGAUUCAGAUUUUUGCUAACCUGACAUAUCUCGAUUUUUCCAGGUGAAAGCAGGUUUCGGGGUGAACCUGAUCGGCGUUGCAGUGGUGAUGUUGGCCAUCACCACCUGGGGCGUCCCUCUCUUCAACCUGACUGAGUUCCCAGCCUGGGCAGUGAGCAGGAACAUCACCGGGAUCUUAUAACCACUGCUGGGAAGAAAAGGUGUUGAACCAUGAACCACUUGGAAGACUGAAAGAGAGAAAGAGACGGGGCAUUGUUUCUGUAAGGAAAUACUCUGAGAGUCAAGAGGACAGCUCAGAGUUGAAGAGCCCUUUAUUGCUGGAUGUGUAGUAGGCAGACGGAUAAAUUGUGGGACAGAAAAGAAGAGGAGGAGAGCACAAAACCAUUACAUGUUGCUUAGAUAUACUCGUUAGAAUUCUACUUUUGAGGGCAUUAAAAACGGAGGGUGUCUCACUGAAAGUAGAAACUAUGUUGACCUCCAAAAAAACCCUUUUCCUUACCUCUGUUAACAAUUUUAAAUGGUGAUGUAGUUUGAAAAAUCCCUGCAGAUAUAACUAGGAGCAACAAAUGAUUUUUUUGUGAUCAAUAUCUGGUAGUAUGUUUGUUGAUUUUGUAGAAAGAAUGAUAAGUUUAGAUGCUGCUGGGCCUCAGAGCCACACUAGCAAACCUUUCAUUAGAAAUAAGCUAAAUGGUCAUUGUGCAUGAGCCUCUUUUUACUGCAUGCUCGCUGAACUUCUGCUGCACUUACCUGCAUCGUUCUCUAACCAGAUCACGUGCACUGUUACACGGUGGGCUGGUUACAAGUCUUUUAAAAUUAAGUUUUGACUUGAAUUUGGCUGUAGUCUGCAGCUUCAUUCAGCUAAAACAUGGAAAAUGUGUUAAAAGAAGCUUCUGCAGUUGAAAAACUUCGUGUGUAUGCGAGCAUGUGAGAAAAAGAGAACGGCUUGUGUAUAUUUAGCAAAAUAUCGAACAAAUGUGCACCAUCUUUAAAUGUUUCCUAGCUUUUGAUUGCAUUGCCUUACAAAUCUAAGCUUCUGUAUGUACCAAAGUGUCUAAAGCUGAUGCAGUAUUUUCCACAGAGCAAGCUGCAAUACCGCUAGUGCCUUCAGCGUAGUAUUGUCUGUCAAACUACUCUUAACGCAGGAUUCUGUUCCUACCACGCUGUAAUCUCAGAGUAGGAACCUGUUUCAACACCGUCCUCCGUAAAUGGAAAGCAGCAUUUGGAAUUGCUUUUUGUGCAAUCUCUCAUAUUCUUGUACUUGAUGCUUCUUGAUGGAUAUUAGGAAUGUAUAUGUUUAAGCUCCAUGUGGGUUUUAUUAUCACAGCAAUGUGUCAUUUAUGCACAUUUUCUGAGGCACACUCAGGUCACUUUUGUGUGUAUUCACACAGAUUAUGGUUGCUUGUGCUUCUGCAAACAGUCUCCCUUUAGCUGUGCUUUCUUUUACAGCAUCCUUGUCCUUCUGGUUGUUCACUGGAUGCUCUCUUUGUUAUAAUGCAUGCACCUGAAAUAUUUAUCUUACACUUUAAGGUCAGAGGCCUUUAAUUAAGCAAAUGUAAUGAUUUUUAUCCUGAGAAAUUAAUUCAAUUUUAUGUGGAAAACACUGAAGUCAAUUGGAAGAAAUGUGUAGUCAGAACAAAAACAUGUUCUGUAAUGUCACGUUAAGAGGCGCGUUGAGCUGCAGAGGGAUGUUUCCUAGAGCCUGUGAAUCCAGGGAGCUUCGAGAAGCAUCGGAGUCCCUCUAAGUUUCCACGUAACUGUUGAAUGCAGCAUCCAAAGCCUUAACAGGAGAGCUACAGAACGGCGAGGGUUUUAUGGUGUUAUAGCUUGUUCAAUCAACUGUCAAAUCACAUUAACUGUCGUCUGGUGGUGAAAAGCUUUGCACACAACAUUCAGUGUACUGUGCAGAAAUAUAAAAGAUAUGCUUUAUAUUUUUACACAAAUUUUUAAUGUAAUUUUUGCAUUUUUUAUAUCACUGCAUUACAAGUCUAGGUCUUAGGUGUCGAAACAUCUUGACGGUGUUACAGCAGUGACCUUUGACCCAAGGGCCACACUCCUUUGUAAAUACACACAGAUUUGUAAUAUAAUGUGCCUUUGUCUGUUUUCAGAUGAACUGUAAUAUUCCUAAAUUAUCUGUUAUAUUUUGAUGUUUUAUUCAUAUUCAACUCAAAACCUAGAGAUAGGGUGAAAUUAUACAUGCACAACAAUAAAACCACUGAAACGCCCGAGUGGAGUGAUUAUUCUUAUAUUUCACAUCAAUUCCUAAUGACACUCACUUAAAAACAGUAAAAGAUACGCAGAAAAGGUCAGAAUUUAUGAUCAUUUAAUAAAUCUCGACUCGUUCGAUGGUUUCAGUGCAAAAGAAGUUCAUUUAAAGCAAACAUUUAACAGAGGGGACAACAUUGUGCGCUAACGGCAGUGGCUGACAGCAGUAAUGGAGACUGAUGACGUUUCUGUUCCUGUAUUUGUGGACGUUAAUCAAGCUGAGAUAUUAAAACAUUUCAUUUUUAUUUCAAAUUACAAACAAUAAGACAUGUUUUAUCCAGGCGGGCUGAUGCCACAUCAACACUCUCAAUCCAGUCUCACUUGUUUCCGCCUGGAGCUGCUUUCUUGGCGCAGCUUUUGCCUCCUUGACAUAAAUAAUGAUGGUGGGAGGUUCAAGUAUUCAGUCCACAAUGAGGUUGGGAAUCCCAUCUCCAGAUUGUUCACCUCUGGCCCUGGUCUGAUUAGGGUUUACAGUCAGUUUCAGAAAGUCAUUUGCUAUGAUGGCUGCUUAGGACCGUCAGUUGGUGUGAAGCCCUCUGCCUCCAUCUGCUCUUUGUACUUCAGGAAGUCUCGUCUCUUUGUGAAAUAUUUCACCUGCCAAGGGAGAUUGAAAAGGUUAGAAUCGUCUCUAGACCCAGUAAGUAUGAGUCAAAAGAACAGAGACAGGACCACUUACCCACUGAGCGGGACAUUUUGCCUCAAACUCGCCCUGGAAGUUUUUGCAGGAUUCAGCGUUGUCAUUAUUGUCAUCCAGACACUUCCACAGCAAAUCUCUGGCACCCCAGCAUGCUUUCCGUUCUGCAGAGUUUGGAGCCGUCAUAGCUGCUUAAACCUGAGAGGGGGUUUUAAAACUGGGUAAGAUGACAGGUAUUUAUGUAGCCCCUGCUAUGACAAGAGGAACUGUCAAAUAACCCCACUAUCAUACCUCUAAAAAAGACUCAGGACAGUCUCUACAAGAGGCUCUAGAAUUUCAUCCUCUCUCCAGGACAUGUCUACUUCCAGGACCCUGAAGGGUGCAGGUAAGCUCAAGUGUUGACACCCACACACUAGCUGACUUUGAAGCACCCUCCCACUCAGUCUGCCAGGACUUAAGGCUGUCCUAGUGUGUAACUAUCAAGUGCGUGGGGGACUUCUGACUGCCUUUGAGCCUUUUCCUAUAGUGGGCAUCUUUGCAGACUUAGUGUGAAAGAAUUAUUAAAUCUUUAAGGGCUCAGAGUUUAGGUAGGAAAGUCUGGUAAGAGUCUGCAGUCCGUUGGGGAUCAAAACCUCACAGUUCAGCCACAGUUUCUUUCUACGGUGGCCGAGAAAUGCCACUGCUGCAAAUAGAAAAGAAUGCAAAAAAAAAAAGAAGCCACAAUGGGAGUUACCAAUGCAAAAAAAAAAAGAAGAAACUGAAGCCCAUUGCAAAUAAAAAAGAAACAGUGCAGAUAAAGGAAAAAAAAAGCCACAACGGAAGUUAACAACAUAAAAAUGUGGCGAUGGAAAAAUAUAAAAAGGUUACUUACUGCGAAAAUAAAAGGAUGCAUAUAAGAAGCCGCAAUGGAAGUGAGCUGUCGGGGACCAAUAAUGAGGACGGUGAGAAGACGAGCAAAGAAGUAAGUGGAAAGGUUAUUGUUUAAUUUCGCUUGGUAUAUUUUUCAAUGUGUCAUUUGUUUGGCCACGUUGUGCCUGAGUCGAUAAGUUAAACUGAAGCUAACACUACACCGCCAUCCUUCAGUUCAACUUCAUAUCAACUCAGGCGCUACACGGCCUAACCAAACGACCUGAAAUUAAACAAUGACCUUUCCACUAACUUAUUUGCUCGUCUUCUGUGCCUAGAUCGCAAAACACCGGUGCAUCAUCACUAUUGGUCCCCGGCAGCUCACUUCCGUUAUGGCUUUUUUUAUCUGCAUCCUUAUAUUUUUGUAGGAAAUAACUUUUUUAAAUUUUUAUUUGCAUUGUCACUUUUUUUGUGUCGUUAACUUGGGUUGUGGCUUUUUUAAAAAAUAUUUUUUAUCUGCACCGUUUUUCUUUUUUUUUUGCAUUGGUAACUUCCGUUGUGGCUUCUUUUUAUUUUUUUAUACGUAUCGUUUCUUUUUCUAUUUGCAGCUGGUUUCAGUUUCUUUUGUUUUCAUUGGUAUCUACUGUUGUGGAUUCUUCUUUUUUUUAUUUGCAGCAGUGGCUGUUCUGGGCCACCGUAUUGUCCCCUUUGUUGCCAGCAUUAUCAAUGACAGCUAACCACAACUAACCGGACAUCUAUGCGCAUUUAUAGUGAGCCUCUUCAUCAUAACUUAUGUGUUUACUGCAGGUCUUGAUCAAAUAUUCCUUAAACUGACACUAUUAUCUGUAUUUGUUUGCUGUAAAUUGACUUCUUGACAUCAGUCUAGAUACUCUAAAUGAUACAUUUACUCACUAAAUCUUGUUCAACUUCAAAAUUUAACAUAAAAUGCUGAAAAAUAACAUGAACCUUUAGUCAGCAAUGCAGGUAAAAUGAACUGGAAUGAAUAGAGUCUGCUUUUAACUCAACUUCCACUCACCGGAUUAAAGCGUCUAAGCUCCAAAAUGAAUUAAUUCAGCCGUCCAACUCCUCUAUAGACGCCUGUCACUCCAUAAAACCAAAAAUCUACAACAUCACUUCUACUUAACCGCUAACGCUCGACUUUUGUAAGGAGUUUGGGUAACAACAGCUCUGAAGGACGCGCAUGUAGCAGCGCUUCCUUGUCGCUCGGAGAUGACGUAAGACGUAAGACGUAAGGCGACCAACGGUCCGGGUGAUGGCGCAGUUCGUCCAAAAAUCAGGAUUUUAAAACCCAACACCGGUUUGUGAGGGAAAACAGUGAAACUGGACAAGGUAAGAUACUCUGAAAAUGCCCAGACGACGUUUUCAAACAGUUUUCAGUUCUGUGUUUCUGUUUUAAUUUAGUUUUAGUCAUGUCGUUUCGAAGAAGAAGAAGCAACAAGUGAGAGGACGUUUGAGAUGAGCUAACAGUUAAAGUAGCUUCAGCUUUAAGGUGUUUGUUUUAAUUUUUGCUUCUCUAAUAUUGAAACAUAUAAAGUGUAAAAACACCUAACAUGGCGAAAUGACCUUUUGUCUCUCUGUUUAAGUUAAAAAAACGUAAUUCUGCUUGAAACUAAUGUGACUUUAGACCGAGAUUGACUUACUCAAAUCUGCUUCUGUUUAAUUUUGAGAUCUAGAGUCAUUAAAUUGUGCUUGUUCAAAAGUUUAUACGUUAUUUUCACAGCAUAUUAUUGACAAAAUUAAAAGUUUAACAUAGAAGUUGCAGGCAAGCUGUUUGUGUUAGAAGUGACAAAGUUGUUGAGCUGAAGGUAGGGCUGGUGGAUAUGGGAAAAAGUUUAUCACGAUAUUUUUUUUUC